AUUAAGAAUGUCCUACGAAAAUCCUGUGUUUGAUCCCAAGAGAGACUUUGUCCAAGAAUAUUUGCAACAAUUCGGGAAGCAAUUCAAAAUUCCCACUACAAAAGUUGUGAAGGGUUGAUUUCAUCCGACCCUAGGAGAUCAUAUUAUUACUUUAAAUGAGAUCAUUCCCAUAUCGACUGAGAAGAAGAGAGAUAGUGAGAAAGACAUUAUUCUGGUCCCAGAGCAUUCGAUCACUGAUUUUUCCAAUAAAAUGGAAUACUUCUACGAUGAGGCUGAGAAAGACGUUGCUAAGAGAAGACAACACUUUAUGGAUGGACUUAAGGCUAGAGGCAUGGAUGAAAUCUUUGAGAUUAGUUCAACCCUACCUGUUGACCCCCACACUUCUAUAUUUGAAGACUCUCAAGAGAGUUAUGAAGGAGGAAAAGCUGAGAAAAAGCCUAAAAAUAAAAAGAAGAAGUUAAAAGAUAUUAUUCAUAAAAAGCUCCCUAAAGUUAAAGGAGAGUAUGCCAGAAUCAAGUCUCAUGUGGCAAUAAAGAAGCAGAAAAAGGAACAGAUUAGUAAAUAUAAGGUGUUCAAUAAGGCAUGCGAUUUAAUGCUUGAAGAAAGCAAUGUAUUGUUUGAUUAUCAAGAUUAUGAUGAAAGUUUAAAACCGAAUGAGCCUAAUGUAUUGAAUCCUGAUUUGUACAUUGAUCACGAUCUUAACUCUCCAAGACUUGACGAAUACUUCCCACCUGUUGAUUAUUAUCCAUAUCCUCCAGAUUCGCACAUGAUGAAUUUUCGUCGUUUACCAGACCAUAAUGGCUUGAAGUAUACCCCGCCUUUAUUCAGAGAGAAAUAUGAGUUAUGAAUCUGGAGAAUUGAUACACAUAAUCCUGUUAAAAUCAAGAAUAGAUACUUCACACCUGAGAUUCUUGAGGCUGAGCCGAACAGAGACUUCAAGUUUGAUGUUGAGAUAGCUCUUGACAAUCAGACCCUCCUUUUAGUUGAAAGCAAUAAUGAUUCUGAUAACUGCAUGGUCUUGAUAUUCGACCUCUACACUCUUGAUAAAGUCUGAGAGAUGGAUGUUAAUGUCUGUAAUGAUCUUAUUAAAGAGGAUGGCAACUACGACGAGGAUAUAGACAAAUAUCAGCCUGAGCAUGCUGAUAUGUUCGCAACUGCCCAAGAUUUCCCCAAAAUACAAAACUGGAACGCAGGAAAAUAUAUCUUAGUAGGGGUUGGCGCAGAGCCAACUUCUAAAAUAUUUCAUGAGUUUAGAGUAUAUAACUCAUCUACAAAAAAAUUAAUCGGAACUUUUCAUCGGCAGUUCCAUGAAGAUAUGGAGGGAUUACUUCUUGAAGCUGAAUUUCAUAAGGAAGAUCCUGAUACUCUUAUAUUUUUAAUGCUUGAAGAUCAGACGACGAAGAUUGUUGAAGCAGAAAUUCUUCACAACAGAGCAGAAUGAGUGACUACCAUUAUCUGUGAAGAUCUUGAGCAUCUCAGAAUUGCAGAAGAUUUGACUGCAGUCUAUUUCAUCAGAAGGUUUAACUCAGGUUAUGUCCUUGAUACCAUAGAGUACGGGAAGGAUAAAGAUGUUUCAGCUAACCCUAAUAAAUAUCUUAAAUUCCUUGGUAUUGAUGUCGAAAAGACAGCCAUUCUUAAUGAUAGUCUUGUAAUUUAUUACGACAAAAAUGAAGACUCAAGCAUGAUCUCAGUAUUUACUGGGAAAGAAGAGAUGCUUACUAUUGAGCCAAGUUUCCAAAAUGCAGUUAUUGAUAGUUUUUCAUUUAUUGAAAAAACAGGGGAGUUGCUCUGCUUCCUGGAGGAAUAUGUAGAAUCAAAGUGUUUCUUUUGGAAAGUAAGCCCUGAGAGGAAUAAAGAAGACCAGAAAAUCACAAUUGAUGAGGAUACAUACACUUCAUUCUCUUAUCCUUACUACUUUACUGUGAAAGGGUGCCAUGAAUUAAUAUGGUAUGAUAUACCAGGUGAUAAAUUUACUUAUGCAUCUGUUCCUUCCCCAAUUAUCUCUAUUGAUAAGGAUCCUGAUGGCUAUGGAACUAAUUAUUAUACUGCUAUUAUUGAUCUCGGAAAUCAUUUUACAACGUUGUCGAUAAAUUAUAUUAAAAACUUCUAUGAUUCUAGUUAUAACCUGACCCUAACUUACAAUAAAAUGUACAUCAAGAAAAUAAUGCUCCCAAAAGAUUUCUUUAUUAAGUUUCUAAAAAACGUUGAAGUGAAAAGCGAUGGAGAAGCUAAUAAAUACUUUGCUUAUGCUCUACAGUUCAAAAACUAUCUGGUGACUUAUUCUAAGGAUUGGAAAGAUGCUAUUAUCAUAAAAUCUAGAAGCUAUAGGGCUGGUGAAAUGAUCCCAAUAACUUUUGAUUAUAUGAAAAAGGGAUUAUUAAUGUAUCAUAAGGGAGAAAAAAAGGUCCUAUUUCAUCCAGAACCCUAUGACUUUAAUGAUAAAGCUCGGACUGUUGUGAUGUAUACCUCAAAAGAUCCUCUGAAAGAUCUGAGUUUGACAACUUUUUAUGGUGGCGCAAACUGUUUUAUUGUUGAUGAUCCCAAAAACGUUAAAAGAUGAAGCAUUGAUGUAGAAGGAGAUAAACCAAGCUAUAAAAUUAAUGUUGUUGAAGAAAUACCUGUUUCCAAGUAUUCAGAUGACUGAGUUAACCUAAAAUAUGUCAAAGAAAGUUAUUUCAAUGACAUCCUCUAUGAGUUGUUUGAAGAUUAUAAAAUGAAGAAAUCUUACUUCACUAGUAAAUGUUCUCUUAUCACCCAUUUCGAUUAUGAUCUUGACACAGAAGUGCAGACUUUGAUGCCUAAUUUCAGAAACUCUUUAUACCCAUACACUUCAGAAACAGAGAUGGCUAUAAAUGAAUUUUUCAUUUAUUCUCCAAGUAUGGAAGAGGAGCAUAUCAUCAGAACUUUUACAAGCACGAAUGAAGGAUCAAUAAGAAUUGACCUUCACAAAAAGAAUGGAGAAUAUAUUAAUUCUAAACUGCAUUAUCCUUCAGAAGAAAAAGGUUACUAUUAUGUCAAUAUUAAUGUCACUCGUAAUGGAAAGUAUCUGUAUUAUUUGAAGAAUCCAAAGAGAGAUGAACCCCAAGAGCUUAACCCUCACUCUGAUCAAAGCGAAGAAAACAAAGAAGAUGAUAUUAAACUAAGGAACAUAGAAGGAGGGAGAACUAAAGAUAAGAUGAAUCCUUUAUAUAAUUCUGAUCUUAAACAGAGCUUAAUGAUUUAUGAAAUCUGUUUUGUCAGAAGAAAAUCAAUGAAGAAAAAGCUUGCAACCUUGAAGAAGAAAAUGAAAACUGUCAAAAAUAAGCCAUCGACAGCAAAUAAAGUUCAAAAGAGAGUUUCUGAAUCUGAAAUGAUGAUUGAGCUCAAACUAGUCAGAGAAUUCAAGAAUUGAGGUGCAUUUUUUGGAGACUAUAACAUGCCUGCUGUUAGUGAUAUUCUUACAAUUUCUUUUCUCAAGAAGGAAAGAGUCAAGGUCCCAAAAGAUAACGUAGACGAAAAAGAUAUUGAAGACGGAAUUGUAGAGGUCCUUGAAUUCGACUACCCUUAUGACUAUGAAUUCCCUUACCCUAUUGGCUCAGCUAAGGGAGAUUGAUUCAAAAAGCAAUAUAGGUUAUUCUUUGAAGACCUUGAACUCACUAACUUGGUAGAUGGAAAACUUGGAGUAAAUGACCAAUUCAUCUCAUACACAUCUGCUGAUUAUAACUGGCUAGCAUUAAAGGAAGGAAUGAUUGGUUACAGGUCUGAAAGGAUCUAUCAUAUUAAGAUAAAAGUGGAAUCUAUCACAGAGAAUAACCGCAUUGCCACAAAGUGAAAAUUCAAGGAUGUCAUCCCGUUAAACUUUGUGCUUGGAAAACUUGAUUUGUCUAUUAAAGAAGUCUAUGAGUGAGAUGAUGCUAGUAGUAUUAUUAUUUCGUUAGCAAGAUCUGAAGGAGAGACUCUAUUCAUUAUUUGGGACUUGGAUUCAAAUAGAGAACUGAAAAAUUAUUCUAUCUAUGGAAGUUACACAUUUAUUAGAGGGAAGAAAUCAAAAUAUGGAUAUAUAUUAUGAAAGAAUUAUUAUGUUAACUUAGAAAAGAAUAUAGAAAAUUACUUCUUUGAUUAUGACUUCACAUAUAUCGGUUUACAGUGGGACCAGCCUGGAUACAAAAUGAGCGAUAAAGAGGAACUCAUCUUACUCAAUGGAAGCUUCUUACUCAAAACUCUGGUCACCGAAGCAAUGGCUCUCAAUAAAUUCGUACAAGGAGAAAUUGACUUCAAACAAGAAAACAUGGAGUCCGACCUCCUCAAAUUCCAAAUUGAAGGCAACACCAUUUUGCACAUGGUUUGACUCGAAAUCGAAGACCUCAAAGUUGUCAUCGACUACUUGAUGGAGCACAAGAAAGAAUACCUUACCACAAUUCUGAUGGAAAACCAUGGAGGCAAAUCAGCCCUUGACAUUUGUAUCGACAAGAACAGUCCCAAGACCACAGACAUUUUGCUGAACACUCUUUCGAUGAUUUCUGAAGGAAACUACUCUCAGAACUUCUUCAGAAAGUUUCCGCAGCUGCUAGACAUGAAGCUAAAGUCAUUCCACUAUUUCCUUGAGACUUGUUUGUUCCAGACGGUACAGAUGAAAUACACAAAAUACCUGAGGCUGAGGGCGGAUGAUGACAUAAUUAUCACUUCUCAUACAAGUUGAAUCCUAGACGACACUUUCUUCGAAAAGCACACCAAAGAAGGCAAGGCAGAAAAAGAGUUCAAGCAGAGAACCAGAGAACUUCUCCAGGAAGAAAGGAGCAUUCAGCAAGAAGAAAAGGUCAAAGCCUCUGAUGAGCAAAAAGGUGAGGAAGCAACCAAAGGACGAGAAGAGGCAGCAAAAGUGCCAGAGGUGGCGACAGUUGGAGGCUUCGAAACCAAUGCAAGAGAGUUUGCUGCAACGCCUGGCGAAGCAGUCAUGUUCAAUGAAAGAGCCGGCCAACCGCAGGACAGCGAAGAACACAAGAGCUCUAAUCCAGAUUCCGAAGGUGAAGGGUCUGAAGGAGAUGACUCCAGUCAAGAAAUCAGCAGGACUCUGCGUGAAAGUGACGAAGAAGAAUAUGCAGGAGGCUCCACCACUCUGCAAGACAAACUCGGGGGCAUCUUAGCGGAUGGAAAGAAAGCUGCCGAACUGGCUAGCAAGACUGCCAAAGAAACAAAGCAAACUGGAGCUCAGGACGACCUUGAGAAAAGAAAAGCUGCUCUCAAAGAAAACCGCAAGAAGCUUGACAAAGACAUCAAGCUGUACCGAAAAACUCAGAAAGAAGGCAUUGCAAAGUAUGAAGUCAGAGCUGUCGAGUUCGACUGGGUCUUCAACGAGACAGAAGGCAAGAUCUUCUUGAAUUCCAUGGCUGUUUCAGGAGAUGACGAAGUCUUUGAAGUCGAGGUCAUCAAGAAGCUUAUUGAGUACUUGUGGAAAUUUUACAGAAGAGCCAUUGUUCUCAAUAUUUUUGUUCCUUUCAUUAUUUACUUUGUUCUGUUCAUUACAUAUUCUACUUGGAUCAAUGAAUUAAGAGAUGAAGAAAGUGGAACCGGUCCUUAUAAUGUCCUUAACUUUGCAAUGGUGUUUAUUAUUAUUGGAUUUAUCUUUUUCUUCCUUUAUAUUGAAGCAAGAAAGAUAAUUGCCUACAGGCUGAGAUAUUUCUUAAUUUUCUGGAAUCUUGUUGAUAUCAUCUCUAUAUCUCUAAAUAUAAGUGUUCUUACCUUAGAUCUCUUGGAAAGUGGUACUGUACAUCGAAUUCCUGUUCUAGCAUGAGCUACUUUCUUCAUGUGGUUGAAGCUUUGUUAUUUUGGAAGAAUGUCAUUCAGAACUGCAUGGCUGGUGAGAAUGAUAAUGGCUGUGACAACAGGAAUGACUUAUUUAAUUUUAAUCUUUGCCUUGUCAAUAUUCGCAUUUGCUAAUUCAUUCCUGUUGCUAUCAAGAAUGGAGAAUGAUGAAGGUGAAUAUGUAAUUCCAGGAGUAGGCUUUUGGGAAGCAUUAAAAUUUUCUUACAGAACUGGACUUGGAGAUUUCAAUACUGAUAAUUUCCCUACUGGCACUAUUCACAAUCCUUUGAUCUAUGCCAUCUGGUUGGUGUCAACAUUCAUUAAUCUGCUCGUGAUCCUCAACGCUGUCAUUGCUGUGGUCAGUGACAUCUUUGAUAAAGUCUACGAGAACAUGAACCAAAACCUCCUCAAAGAACUCGUCGUCCUCAUGGCUGAAUCAGAACUGUUGAUUUCAAGGAAAAGUCUCUUCAAAAAGAAGAAGUACAUCAUCCUCAUCGAAAAAGAGAGAGGUGACGGACAGCAAGGCGGCCAUGAGUCCAAGAUUGCAGUCAUCAAAGACUUCAUGGAGCUCCAGCUCAAGAAACAAGAAAGACUCCUAGGAAAAAUGGAGAGGAACCUCGGCUCAUACGUCGACAGAAAGCUUACCAUAAAGAGAGAAGAACUCGAGAACUUCACUGAGAAGAGACUUGACUCUGUUGACCAGCAGCUUGAAAUAUUGGAUUUGCAUCACAAAUUGUACAGAGAUUUGUACCAGUCUUUGAAGGAAAAAGCCGAAUAGUUAACUGAAGUACAAAAUAUCAGAAAAAUAUUGGAAGAAAUUAAUUGAGAGUCUCUAUAUUUCAUUUCAAUACUA